ACCACACGAGAAAUAAUUAAGAAGGCUGAAGCCGCUCACUAUUCGGCGACAUAAGCAACGCUGACCGCCAUUUUUCCUUCCAUCAUCCGCCAAUCCAACAUUAUCCCAUAACAGUACAUACUUUGAAUGCCAACGAGUUUCAACAAAAAUUCUUCUUAUCUUAACUUUACUUUAGAAUGCCAGGACUUUAUACCUUGUUUAAACAUUUAGAAGAAAGUCAAACUCUUAUCGAAAACCCAGAUACAAUUCUGUUCACUGGUGGCUUAUUUCUUGACCCAUUAAUUCCUUCUUCAAUUACCACCUCCACCACAAAUUUUCUAAAUGGCUCUUCAAUUGAUGAUUCUAAUGAGUUACAUUCUCCCAUUCGUCGUCGUAGACCAAUUUUCAGGCGAGAAAAGAGUGUUGGUGCCGGUUUUGGGGGUAAAUUCUUGUGUUUGAGCUUAUCAGUCAAGAAGAAUACUGGCGUUGUCGGAAAUUCCAGUGAAUGCUUGUUGAGUAAUAAUGGAGACGAGAGUUCCAAGGUGGAGGAGCCUAGUGACGGUUCUGGAGGCGGGAGGAAGCGAAGUAUUGGGUUACCGGGACGUCGUGGUGCAGUGAAUACCACUAAACAUUUGUGGGCUGGAGCAGUUGCUGCCAUGGUAUCAAGAACUGUUGUUGCUCCACUUGAAAGACUAAAGCUGGAAUACAUAGUUCGCGGUGAACAGAAGCACUUAGUGGAGCUCAUCAAAACGAUUGCAGCUACUCAAGGCUUGGGAGGCUUUUGGAAAGGGAACUUGGUCAAUGUCCUUCGUACUGCUCCUUUUAAGGCAGUUAAUUUUUGUGCUUUCGACACAUACAGAAAGCAACUCCUAAGAUUAUCAGGAAAUGAAGAAACUACUAACGUCGAGAGGUUUGUUGCUGGUGCCGCAGCUGGAGUGACUGCUACUGUGAUGUGCUUACCACUGGACACCAUCCGGACCAAGUUAGUGGCGCGGGGUGGAGAAGCCUUGGGCGGUGUAGGCGGAGCUUUCCAACACCUGAUCAGAACUGAAGGAUUCUUCUCUCUUUAUAAGGGCCUUGUACCCUCCAUCUUGAGUAUGGCCCCAGCUGCAGCUGUCUUCUAUAGUGUAUACGACAUAUUAAAAUCAGCUUAUUUGCAUUCACCUGAAGGAAGAAAAAGAAUUCAGUAUAUGAAGCAACAGGGAACAGAGCUCAAUGCUUUGGACCAGCUUGAGUUGGGACCUAUGAGGACCUUGCUCCAUGGUGCUAUCGCUGGUGCGUGUGCUGAAGCUGCAACCUACCCAUUUGAGGUCAUUAGAAGGCAACUUCAAUUACAAGGCCGAGCAUCUAAACUGAGUGCCUUGGCAACUUGUGCAAAGAUUGUUGAACAUGGGGGUGUUCCAGCUCUAUAUGCAGGGUUAGUCCCUAGUUUACUACAGGUGUUACCUUCAGCAUCCAUAAGCUACUUUGUCUACGAGUUCAUGAAGAUUGUUCUCAAAGUGGAAUGAAGAACAUCUGUUGCUAAGUAACGAGGUACAGAAGCAUUGUAUUACAAUGUUAUUCAUCACAUGAUAUUAAAGAGGUAGAGUUUAGUUUGUUGGACACUGAAGCUAAAAUUUCUCUUUUAACACUUAAUGAAAUGUUUAGCUUAGAUUCAGGCUCACAGACUCGACGCUAUAUUUUACUCAGUAAGAUCAUCUUUAUCUGUAGUCUGUACCACUACUUAAGCCCAAACCCCUUUAACCACUUUCAUCUCAUUUACAUGUCUAUAUGUAUCCUACUAAUAAAACUCCUACCCUUUUAUCUUA